AUGUGGGUACUACAUGAAUCCUUCCAGCAGGUGGUUCAAGUAGCAUGGGGCUCAGCUGAAUCCAAUCACCCCAUCUUCAAUGUUCUACUGAAACUCAAGAAUGUUAAGCGGGCCCUGAGAUCCUGGAAUAAGGAAACCUUCGGUAAUAUUUUUGAACAAGUGAAGCAGGUGGAACACUCGGCAGACAUUGAAUCAAAAUUACAAGUGACAGAUAUUUCAGUAGAUCUUGACAGCAAUUUAUACAACCAGUUCAGCGUAGCUACAAACAACCUCAGGAAGCUGAAACUCAUCAUGGAAGAAAUUUAUUGGAAACAGAAAGCCAGGAUCAGUUGGCUGGAAGAAGGAGAUAGAAACACCAGAUUUUUUCACGCUUCGGCAAUAGAACGUCAAAGGAAAGCGGCUAUUAAAAGUAUUGAGCUAGAUUCGGGCCAUAGGCUAGAGGAGAUUUCAGAAAUUAAGGAAGUGGCAUCAGAAUUUUUUCAAGUAGUUUUUAAGGCAGAAAAUUCGUCGCUGGACCCAGCCCUGCUAGACGUAAUUCCAAAUCUGAUCUCUCCAGAGAUGAAUGAUCGGCUACUCUCUCCUCCCUCUCUUCUUAAAGUGAAGCAAGUCGUUCUAGCUAUCUCGAUAGAUGUUGCACCUGGCUCGAACAGCUUCCCUGGUAGCUUCUUUGCUUCCUGCUGGGAUGUCAUUGGCAAUGACCUCCUCAAAGCUGCAACAUUCCUCUUUCAAGGUGGCAACCUUCCCAGGGCAAUAUCAACUACCCUCAUCUACCUAGCUCUGAAAUCAACAACCCCAAAGAAAUUUUUAGACUUUCGUCCCAUUAGCCUUUGUAAUUGCUUAUACAAAAUCCUCGUCAAGAUCAUUUCAGUUAGACUAAGUGAAGUGUUGCCUUCGCUUAUCUCACUUGAGCAAGGCGCUUUUGUCCAGGGCCGUUCCAUGGUGGAAAGUAUUGCGCUUGCCCAAGAGAUGGCCAGGGAGCUGAAUAGGAAAGUCCGUGGGGGAAAUAUUGUUUUAAAAUUGGAUAUGGAAAAGGCAUAUGAUAGGUUGGAUUAG